UUAUCUUCUGAAAUGAGAGUAAUGUUCCCCUCAAGACCACUAUGCUGCCCUGUCCACAGCAUCACCGAGUUCUGAACCCCUCCCUCCACCUCCACCGGAAAACCAAUUCAAUCAUCACCGUCCACCUCUCGACCACCGCGAACUCGGAGCCCAAUGACCGCAGACACAACUCUAAAUCCACAUCCUUACUCCUCCGUCACCUCUCCGGACAGCCACCGCCAAACCUGGAACAGCUCAACCAGACUGUCUCGCCAGAAGAGAAAGUCAAGUUACUGGAAUUGGCCCUCGUCACUAAAAGAACACCGCAAUUCCCUGGCUCCAUCUACGCUCAAUCCCCUAGCGACGCUGACGUAACGUCCUCCUUGCCUCCGCUGAAAACGCUAUUUCGAGACAAAGGUGAGGAUGGAAAUUUUGAGGAUGAAGAAGAGGAGGAAAUGAUAAUGAAAGCGCUCAAGAUACGUAGGAAAGUCACAGCAGAGGUUUUCAAGGACGCUUUGAGGAGGAACGGCAAGUUCGGCAUCACAUACGCCUCCAAUGUUGUGGAUGGUUUGCCUGAUUUCAUCGAUUUUGUUAUGAUCAGGGCCGCCGCUUUGAAGAAAUUGCCGGAGUUUUCAAAUUCUACAUUUAAUUCUCGAGCUAGGACUGUCAUUGAAGACCUGAAAGUUGUGCCACUCACAAGGUGGUUGAAACAUCUUGGGCUGACAUAUCCCAAGAUUGCAGAGCUUAUUUGCAUGUCAGGAGGGAAUCUUGGGUCCAUUCCACGUCUUGUUGAGUGGUUGAGAUCAAUUCAUGUUAAGGGUGGGUUCGUUGCUGUUGCACUCUUGAAAUCUAGAGGGAAUCUUCUUGAACGCAGCAUUGAAGAGUUGGAUGAAAUAGUUGAGUACUUGGAGUGCAAUGGAAUUCGGAGGGAUUGGAUGGGUGUUGUCAUGGGUCGCUGUCCUCAACUGUUGACUUAUAGCAUGGAUGAACUAAAAACUCGUGUAGGGUUUUACCUGGAAAUGGGAAUGAAUGAGAAGGAUUUUGGCACAAUGGUAUAUGAUUAUCCGAGGGUACUCGGUCACUUUACCCUGGAAGAAAUGAGCCAGCAGGUUAAUUAUCUGAAGGAGUUCGGCUUGAAUAACGAAGAAGUUAGCAAGCUGCUAGCCUUUAGGCCACAAUUGAUGGGCUGUAGCAUUGAGGAAAGAUGGAAGCCUCUUGUUAAGUAUUUGUAUUACCUUGGAAUUUCCCGAGAUGGUAUGAGGAGAAUGCUCAUCAUGAAACCAAUGAUCUUCUGUGUUGAUUUGGAGAAAACCAUUGCACCAAAGGUACAAUUUUUCAAGGACAUAGGCAUUCGGGAUGAUGCCAUUGCUAACAUGCUGGUGAAGUUUCCUCCUUUAUUAACGUACAGCUUCUACAAGAAAAUCCGGCCAGUGGUCAUAUUCUUGAUGACAAAAGCUGGAGUCGGUGAAAGGGAUAUCGCAAAGGUUGUAGCAUUGGGACCAGAACUCCUUGGCUGCAGCAUAGUGCAUAAGCUUGAGGUUAAUGUGAAAUAUUUUCUCUCACUUGGCAUACGUCUUCGACAGUUGGGUGAGAUGAUUGCGGAUUUCCCCAUGCUACUUCGAUAUAGCUUAAAUGUCCUUUGUCCAAAGUAUCGUUAUUUGCGGCGAACUAUGGUUCGACCUCUGCAGGAUCUGAUCGAAUUUCCCAGGUUUUUCAGCUAUUCCCUUGAUGAACGAAUAAUCCCAAGGCACAAAGUUCUGGUAGAGAAUAGGAUAAACUUUAAGCUGCGGUACAUGCUGGCAAGCUCUGAUGAGGAGUUCCAUAACAAGGUCAAGGAUGCAGUAGAGCGGCGUGAAAGGUUUGAAUCUCAAGCCAUGACUAAUACCCUAACAGAUGACGGCUUAUCAGAAAACAGCUCACUCGUAGAUUUUUCGGAAAAUGAGGUUAGUUUUUCUGUUUCUCAAGUGACUGAUCGCACACAAGGGUGGGCGAAGUUGAAUACUUCAGAAAACGAGGAUUCUGAAAGCGAGUAUACUGAAUAAGUUCAGUUCCUCAAUCCUUCUUGAUCAACCCUCAUCAAAAAAUGUAUGUAUACUUUGACUGCCUGUGUAGUGUUGUACAGCUACUCGAUUCUAUAAUAAAAUGUAAUGAAUUAUUAUAGUCGACUUGGUGACUUUCUCUGAGGGCAAACUGUAUAAACUUAGGAGUUCCUGACACUCUUGUGA